GUUCGUUGCGUCAUCGCUCAUAAAAAUUUUCCCAACGCUGCUUGCCGCUUCAAAACGUUGCUGUUUUCAACAAAUUUUAUAACCGAUUUCAUCCUAAAACAUCUCUGCCAUCCUAGACCUCUAAGGGAAUAUUCUGGACCAAAAAGAAACUAUAGAUACCAAAUAAUCAAGAAACGGUUGAAAACAUUUUGUAUAUAUUAUUUUUGACAUCGAAAUUUAGAAAAGUUUCGGGGUCAUCUGUCGAGUACAACGUUAAUUGUCGAAAGCGUCCCUGUCAUAGUCGGCGUUUGCGUUUGACAGUUCAACUAUUUUGGCGUCUUGAAAGCACUGGUUAGGACGCUCAAUUUUCCUUCAUGACUACCUCUUCAGAAUGUCGGAUCGUGUUGGACUAAAAACGAAGGAUAAUGCUGCGAAAAAGUUCUCGUCUCUUAACUUGAACCAAACGUACAAAGGAACAAAGGUUGAAUCUAAAGCAACUACAGGUGAAUACAUACUUUAUUCUUGUUUCUUGCUAAAACCUUAACUUCUAUUUGAGCUUUUACGUACUAAAACAACUCUGGAAUACUUCUUGUGUAAAUUUGAAGACUUGUAAGGCUUUCUGUGCGCGUAAACUGUUCAAUUUCAAAGUCUUUGCCAGUGCUUGAGACUGCUUGUCAUGUUGUCAACUGGUGUCGUGCAAAUUUAUAUUGAAUGCGUCUCUUUGUUUGUCAGGAGCCCCAAGACAUGGCCUUCAAAGUUUGGGAAAAGUCGCUACGAGUCGGCGAAUGCCGCCGCCAGCAAAUCUACCUUCUUUGAAAAGCGAAAAUCUAGGAAACGACCCGACUGUUGCGCUAGUUCCUAGCGGUGGCGGAGGAUGGGGAAGCGGGAAGGACAAGGAAGCGAGUACAACAACAACGACAACAAACAAAAAUGCGAGUCAAGGACAGGCUACUCCUGCUCAGCCGCAAGCACAGCAGCCAUCGAAGGCUACAGACACAUCACAAAAAGCAACGACAGGACAGCAGACAAAUACAGGGCAGACAACUUCGACAAACCAAACUUCGGCUGCAACAAAGACCUGGGCAAGCAGCUCGUCAAGCGUGGCUGGUGGUCAAGGUAAUGGCUUUGUUUUAUACAACUGCAUGCUAGCUUACAUAUUUGAUUCAAACUUUUCCUGUAUAAUUUGCAAAAUCACGUUGCCCCAGGUUUAUAAUUGCCAUAGGUCUUUUAAACCUACACAUAUAAAAUAAAGUUGCAGAUCUGCCAACAAGUUGUAACAAGGUUGCUGGCAAGGUGAUAUCAGGAUGCAUGUGCACUGCUUGUUCCCAGUUGUUGUGGCAAGUCUUUAACAAGUUGUUAUCACCUUGUUGCAAGGUUGAUGGCAGUAAUAGACUUGCUACAAGUUGUUCUAACGAGACAAACACAGGCUGUUUGUAACAAGUUGCCACUCAUCAACUUGUUUGCAACUUGCAGAUGAUAUCAGACUUGUUGGAACAACUUGUUGCGAGUGAGUUGGCCUCGUCAACUUACGCUAUGUAUUUUCACAUGAAGCCUCAGUGUUUGUCUGACUGGGAUAUUUGGAAAUUCUGUGCCUAAGGUUUUGAAAAUUUACAGUCAAACUGGAUGUUCUCUUGCGAGCAAUAUUGUCUCACAAUAUUGCAAUUUUGAUAGGCAGAUUGCUCUGAGCAAUUUGCAACCGACACAAACAAAUUCCAAGUUGAAAUUCACAAACGAUUUGUAUAAGAAAGAGGGAAGCGCCAAUCCAGUUGCUCAGACUAUUUGAUUGACUUCAUUCUUUCUUGUAAUCCGAUCAGCUUUGUUUACAAAUCUUUUGUGGAUUUCAACUUGCAAUUUGUUUGCUUCUGUUGCAAAUUGCUCAGGGCAAUCUGUCUAUCAAAAUUGCAAUAUUGCAAUAAACGAAAGUGAGACAAUAUUGCAAUGUUGCCUGUAAGAGAACAUCCAGUUUGACUGUAAUAGUAAAUAUAUAAAAUAUAUCAACACUACCCAUGUUCUUGGUUGUGUGUUUGUAUUAAAUGUGGAUUUGAAGCUUUUGAUUAGUUCUGCUAGUUAAGCAUGGUUGCCUAAUCAAAUUGCAUCAUUCCAGAACAUUGCACACCAAAUGGGCAAAAGGUCUGCCCUGGUGAAAAGCUGAAAUCCAGGCAGAAUUUUUUUGGGGGGGGUACGAUGUGUGUUUCCACUCUAGGGGGAGUCUGGAUCUUUUCUGGAAUGACCCAUUAACUCAAGUUGGGUGCAUAUUUGCAGCUUAAUGGGUUAACAAAGAUGCAUUGGCAGAUUGCUGAACUCAAUAGUGUGUGUGACACUCUCCCUUGACAAGUAAAAUCAUCUGGUGUUGGACCAAGUAAAAUAAUAAAUGUGGUGCAUGGGUUAAAACUUAUCAAAUGUUUGUGACAAACAUUGAGGUUUCAUGUGAGGAAAUACAAUUGCGAGCUUAAGCAAGCAACGUUUUUGACAAUGUUCACGAAUGUCAGAUUGCCUGGUAGGGACUGGAUUUUAAAAUCUGUGUUUGAAUCUCUUUGUGGUAGUAUUCAACACAUAUGGCAAGACAUAACAUUUUUAAAGCUUUUUUCUUCCUUACACGAGUAUUGCUGCCAAAAUUAGCCAUACCAAUUUUCGGGUGACGUUCCAUGUUCACAAAAACGUCACUUGCUUAAGCUUGUUAAUGUUUUUAUCUGCAACUGCUCAUCUGUGGAGCUCUUUUAUGGAAGUAGAGCUGGCCCAGUUAGUGAGCAAGACCUUCCUGUGUAAUUAGGUUGCAUAUCUACAGACUACCACCGAUAGAUGGAUUUUCAGCAUUUGUGCUGGUGGAGUGUUGAAAAUUUAGGGGGAGUUGAGUGACGUGGCACAUUGCAACGGUUUGGGCACACCGUCGCCAAUGGAGGGGGGGGGAGGGGUAAGCCAUGAAAUUUUGAGUUUUUGGUCUUAUUUAGUUCGAAAUCCUUAUUUUUAAUGUGAGUUGAGAGACUUGGGAUUGUGUGCUGAAGAUUGAAAAUUUAGUGAACAGGAUAUUUCUGCCAGGAUAAUAAGCACCAGUAAAAUUGUUUUGCGUUAGAGUAAAAUGAUAAAGUAGAACGUGUUAAGGUAUGUUUCCACCUUGCAAUUUGUCGGGCCGAUUCAGCUUUAAUUAAAUGAUAUUUGAAAACGAUGCUGUCAACGUCAUCUGGCAACAUUGUUGACUGACAACAUUCAUCAUUACAUUAACAUUCGGCAAAACCUGAAAUCAGCCCAAUUAAUCGCAGCGUGUAAACAUACCAUUAGGGUGCAGUGCAACAUAAUGGCUGAGGUAAAACUCGUCAGAUUUUGUAGACUUGUAUGAUUGAGAAAGUUGAUAGAUAUAGUGUUGGGCCAAUGUGACAGUGAUAUUUUAAUAAGUACCCAACUGGUGGCUUUUCUAUAUAGGCAUUCAUUAAGCUGAACUACCAGUUUUUAAAAACAAACUGAAGUAAUAUUUAAUUCUACAACUAGUUAUUAAAUUUGGUAAUGGAGAUUUGUAUUACAACACACACAACUUUGAGAGGGAAAAAAGUCCAUCAAAAUUAUGUUAGUGCCAGGAAGAGGGCUUUUGCGUGAGAGUUUUAAAUAAUUUCUAGGCACCAGCCUAUUGAAUUUACAGUUUCAUAUGAUAAAGCUUUUUGAAACGAAAGCACUUGUUAGCAUGUAAAGUUAAUUCAAGUGCACUUUGGUUUUGUAGAGAAGACCUCUUAUCCCCAUCAGUCGCAGUAUUUCAAUCAGGAAUUCCCAACAUUAGGUGGUGGCAACUCCAAAGACAAGUUGCCGGAGGAAAGGGCUUCUCACCCACCGUAUGGGCAACCUCCGAGAAAUAUGCGUGAGUAGGCUUUUAAGUUCUUUGUCUUUAUGGUUGAACUUGCAUCUUUUAAGCGUACAAAUACACAUGAUUUGUCAUACCAAUUACAGAUGAACUUUAAAUUCAUGAAUUGGCUCAAGAGCAAAAAUGCUCAUCAGGGACUGGUUAUUCAAAGCUAGAUAAGUGCUGACCCUCAGUUAAAAUUUAACCUAUUAUUUUAGUUUAUGUAUUUCUGCACGUCUGUUUAUUUCAAAACUUCAGAGAAGAAAACUUCUACCGAAUCAAACAAGAUUACUGAAGAAAUAUUUCCAAAUUUAUCAACUAGUUGUUGGGAAGUUUGCUUUAAAUUUUAGGUUAACCUGGGGUUAAGCUGAUACAGCUUUGAACAACUGACCCCUGGAGGGCUUAUCUUUAAAUUAAAGAAAAGUACAACAAUGUAAUUUGGCUAAUUUUAGUCCAUGUGUUACUGUAUGAUUUUGUUUGGGUGAUUAUUACUUGUGUGUAAAUGGUGUAGAAAAGUGGAUUAUUUGUCAAAGGAGUAUUGCUCAUUUUUUGACAUUUUCAACUUUUAGACGAACCUCCAUGGAUGGAUAAAGGUGGUUCUGGGCCCCCUCCUCCAAAAUCAUCAUUUGCCUUGUACAAUGGGGCCCCAUAUCCUGGUCCACCCCCAAGAAGUGGUUAUGGACCACAGGUAGGUACCAUUCGAAAGUUGUGUUGAGUUGUUUCUCAGUUACGUUCUUAACAGUAUCAUGUCUCUCGCAUUUUGAGUAACAAAAGCACUGCAUGAUUCAGAUUUAGGAGAGUAGAGUUCAAAAUAUUAUUCAGUGGUCCAAGAGUAAUAGUUUUCCACAUAGUUAAAACUGAUUGGGACAUUUGAAAUUUCAUCUCCUGUUCUACAAUAGAAAAAUAGCUUUCUUAAAUUAUCCCCCCUCCCCUUGUAUCAAGCAGCUUUUCUUAACAUGUACAUGUUUCUUAACUUGUUGUGCAGAUAUUCUUUAACCCAUUGAGUAGCAGCAAUCUCCCCUUGACGUGUAACAUUGUCUGGCAUUAGGUAGAGUAAAUUAAUAAAGUGAGGGUAUACCAGGCUAAUGAAGCGACUGCAACCCUUUCAAUGACAAUAUUAAAAUUUAUAUAUGACAUUGCGUGAUUGUUCACCAUAGAUUUAUCAUAGAGAUGGACAUCCAAUAAACAGCCACUCUCAAGAUUUCCCAUACAUGGGUCAGUCUCGACCUCCAAACUAUGCUACCCACCCUGCUGCUAAUCAAAGGUAAGCCCACUUUUUCUAUGUUGUAGUGUUGGUGUUUUUUUUGGUAAAUGAGGAGUGAUCAUGAUUUUGUAUUUAUGUACCCAUAUGUUUUUAAUGGCUGAAACACACAAAUGGGUGUUGGAUUCAAUUUGUUUUUGAAAAGAUUAGUUUGAAACUAACCUGAGUAUCAGGCCCUCGGUACUGAAGAGAGCCUGACACAAUUCGCCUCUACGGGCUUUCCACCCCCAGAAUAUCAGCCAAUUAAAAUUAUUUCCGGUUGUAGCAUAUUUCCGGUUGUCCGCUACAGGUAUGUAAAUACGCAAAUUUCGUUAUUUGCAGUUUUGUAUAAAUUUGAAUAAAUACGGAGAGAAAUCUGUAUGUUUUUGUUGAAAUAUCCACAUGAUGGAAUUCUAAGCGUAAACUAUGCCUCAUUCGGGGAACCAUAGCUCGAUGGCUUUUUCCAGGAGUCUAAAGAGACAACAUUCCGCGCUCUGAAUAGGAUUUCUUCUUCCUUGGCCCUCGUGUCAUGUUAAUAGUUUAUUCGAGACAGCUAUUCGCUUUAACUGCGUCUGACACAGCAGCUAUUGUCUUCAAUUUCUGCCUGAUGUUGGCAUAUUAGUUCGAGCGAGCUGACUAGCAUAUCCUUGCAGGUCUUGGAAAACAGCUCGGCAAUAAACUGAUAAAUAAGGCUUCAGCUUUUUGGAACUAAAUAUUUGAAAAUUUCCGACAUCCACAUAUUUUCGUUCUACGGCGACUAUUAUGGCGAGAUAUUUAGACACGCUUUCUACUAUGACUAUGUAGUUUUAGUUUUAUACCGAGUAAAAUGUUGCUGCAAAAGCGUUUUCAACGUCUUUUCGUACUUAUUUUGUCAUUUUUAGGCUUAAUUAAUUGAAAAUAAAUUUCAGAAAUAAAGCACUUUUAACAGUAUAUUGACAAAAUUACAAAUUCUAUUUUUGGUGUUUACAUACGCCGGUCAUAUAUUUCCGGUUUGAAUCACAUGAUGCGUUUUAUCGUCUCUUAGCCAAUCAGCAUAACAUCCAGAUUCUGGAUGUUGAACAUGGCUUUAGAGGCGAAUUGUGUCAGGCCCUCUUUCAAUGCCGAGGGACUGAUACUCAGGUUAGUUUGAAACGAGUUUGCAACUACAUAAUAGGUGAAGAAACUUUUUCAUGACUUUAAAUGGAACGUGACUUUUGAUUAUGAUCUUUAGUUUUUACUAAUGUAAUUUAAUAACAUUUGUUCAUUUUUUCUCAUGGAUGUUGUGAAGCAUUGUUUGCCUGCGAAUCGGGCCUUUCAGAAGCUGGAGCACGCGGUCGUCUUUUUGAUUUGGCAAAAGAAGCACGACAAAUGGCAAAAUUUGCACCAUACUCAUUUGCAACAACUGCAAACUGCUCUAAUUCUUUCUGUUACUUUCAUUUGAUCUCAUCCGUGAGUUGGCCUCAACCGUCUUUGAUUAUUUUAUUUAAUGCAGACAUAUAGAUGUAAUAAUGCUUACAAUAUGGCAUUUUGCAAUCUACAUUGUGUCUUUAUGAGCCACAUAAACUAUUGUGUACGCCAAUCUUGUGAAGAUACUGUUUGUUUUGGGGAAAUGUCCUCGUCACUUGAAUAUCUGUAAUAAAAAUUACUGACAACUUAGGACACUAAACUACUACAUAUAAUAUUUAUGUAGAGGCCAUCCUGGUUCACGAAUCACUGCUCAAAAGGCUGCAAAACAUAUGGUUAAACUGGAAGAUUCACCAAGUGGUUAUGUUCGUCCCUCAGUCGUGAACGAAGAAGAUAUCCGUGCCAUGGACUCCGAAGAUGUGGAAGAUGGUGGUUGGGCGGGCGCACAAGAAGAAAUUGAUUACUCUGUGAAAUUGAACUUUGAUGAUGACGAACCACCUUCUCCUGGAGAAACCAAACCAGCUGGUCCCAUUACCGAGGCAUCCCAGCAACGAGAGAGGGUUGUGAAUGGAGAUACGAAUAGAACACAAGUAUGUCGUGGUUAUGCCUUUGUUGAUCAAAAGUUGCUGCUGAAAACACAUUCUGUACUCAUGUGAAACUGUGAUCAGCAAUUAAUUUGCCUCCUGUUGAUUACCUGACCUUUUUGAAACAUUCAAACGUUUAUUAUAAACAUGAGUUUUGUGUGAUAAAUAAGGCCUGUUUACACUUGCAAUUUUUGCUGUGAUUUCUAGUUCAAUUUUCUUCUGAUGUAUGUGAAUGAGUGGAUGAAUUAUGAACGUACCAAGUACUGUAUAUGUACCCUCAUCUGAACAUUCAUAACUCAUCCCAUUCAUUCACUUCCAUCAGAAGAAGAAAAUCGCACCUAAAAUUGCAGGUGACAGACAGUGUUUCUAUCUACUUCAGUUCAUCUUUAAAUCAAAAUGAAAGUAUUUAAAAUAUCCUUACAGUGCAACCUAAACGCUUUAAUAACGUUCUUUUUAACGUCGUUAUUUUUAACGUUAUUGUAUUCAACGGUUUCAUAUGACAUAUUGUCUUUAAAAUUUCAGGUUCAUGGCAAGCGACCACUAGAACCAAGACGACAAGCAUGGGCAGUUCCUGCUGAGGGCCACUUCCAACCUCAAUGGAAUGAUCCACCCAAACAAGGGCCUUACAAUAUGCAAGGACAAUACAACGCACAAAGACAAUGGGCAGGUCAUUUUCCACCACCACAACAGAGAAAUGCAUUUCCUAUGGGACCACCACCUGGUCCUCAAAGUCCUCCAGGUGGAAGACAGCAACCACAAGAUCAAAGUCGAACUGGUAUGUUCUUCUCAUAUUGUUUUUUUUUUAUUUCUAGCUAGAAUUGAGGACACCAUAAUUAAUGAGCAAAUUAAAGCCUGGUUCACACUGGCAAUUUUAUCGCAUUGUGAUUGGUUCACUUAAAUAAACAAUUUUCUGUGCAUAUUACAAAGUAGUAUAGUAUGUUAGCUAGCCGUAUUUCUAGCUUCACCGCGUAAGCUCUGCCACCUAAUACAUCCAAAGUUCCGCUGGCUGCAGGAUGCCAAGAUCCCACUUUUUCCGGGUGUGGCCCUGUUUGACGAAAUCGUCGUCUGCCUUAUGCUCUGUUAACUGUUAAAUAAAAUAUACUUAUUAUAUGGCAAGAAGCACUUCCAAUGGUCCAUUAUUUUCCCACAAUGGACCGGCGGUCCAUUACGUAAAAACAAACGCAUGCAUUUCAAAACAAAACGGCAAAACUAAUUGAAAAUUAUAAUUUAAUUUGUUAUUAAUAAGAGAUCUGCGAAUGGUUUUUAGUAGAAAAAGAAGGAACACAUUGGUAUUUUGGGGGAGGGGGUUUCGACCAAAAUGUGUACCACGCUACUUAUAUGCAUUUCAAAUCAUGCAUUUCUUGUUUGUUUCAAAUAUAAAUGCCAUGUAAUAAACAUUUUAUUAACCUUGCUUGCUCGGUAUGUACAGAGAAAUAUCGGACCUCGGUCUUUUUGUACAAACCUUGCCCUACGGGCUCAGUCUGUACAAAAAAGACCUCGGUCCGAUAUUUCUCUGUACAGACCUCGCGUUCGGUUAAUUACUGUAGAAGUUAAUAUUAUCAACGUUUUGUGUAUAAAAAUUCUAGUUUGUUAAAUUUGUUUUACCUUACAGUGAGUGCAAUGUUAAGAAAUACGACUUACUCUCCCUAACCUUUUUUCCAAUCCUCUAGGUCCCACCAGUGCUAAUAAACCGUCAAGUGAGCGAAGCGUUUCGAUUGAACAAGCAAGGCAACGUAAAGUGAUGGAGGAAGACGAAAGGAAAAAGCAACAAGAAGCUGCUUCGCGUGAAAAAUUGAGACUACUGGAUGCCAGAACUCGCCCAGUUCACAUACAAACACACGAGGCUUCUGUUCGAGAACAAACUGGUGAGUUGUUUACCAAAAUGAAUAAACUGAAAAUUAAAUGAAACAGAAAUUUCUCGAUAUUUCAAAGCAUCAGAUAUGAAAUUGUUGUGGGGUUUUGUAAGCGUUAUUAGGCAACAGAUGGUGAUGCAAUUUACAGAAAAACUUAAUUGCUCAAUUUUAUGUAUUUGGUUUCUAAUAAUAUACAUGAAAAAAAUUCUCAAUUCUGAUUAGCUAAGAGCAGUGUAAAUAUACAGUGCCAAAAACUGAAAUACAGUGCAAAUUUCAUUGACUACAAGAUAUAGCCAUUUCUAGCAGAAAAAAUACAAAAACCCCAAACAUUUAUAAGUAACAAUAGUGGCUGUCGUUUUUAGUAGAUUUUCUGUUAAAAUUAUAUUAAAAUUAACUAUUUCGCAUCGUCUUUGAAAAACUGGCGCAUGUUUUUCCCAAAUUGCACUCAAAACCAUAUAAUGAAAGUAAUUUACAUUAUUUUUCACUCUGAUGACUGCCAUUUAUUGACUAUCUGCUAAACGACCGUGUUUACUGACACCCACCUACCGAGGUAGGUAAAGGUACUAAAAAUAUUUAUUUGCAAAGCAGAAAAUAUAUAGUUAACAUUUCGAUAAGUAAUGCUUCCUUUUUUCAGGUCCGUGUUCCCCUGUGUCUCCUGCUGGAAGUGAUGCUCCAGUUCGAAGAAUAAUGCGACGAAAAGAUAGUGGCAGUAUUGGCGACGAUGAUGGCAGCAGUGUGAAGUCCGUUGAGAGUGUCGGUAAAGAGGAGAAAAAAGUUCCUGAGAAUAAAAAUCAAACCAAUAAACCCCGAGAAUUACGCAAGACGUCAUCGAGUGAUUUACAAGAGGAAAGAAAGUCUCCAGCACUUAAAACGAAUGAUGGUGAAAGGAUAAAUCAUCAGGAGAAGGACAAGAUUGAGCGGAAGUCGGCUGUCACUAAAGAUGCAAAGGAAACUUCAAUUGAAAAAUCAAAAGUUGUUGGAGAUUUCACCAUGCAAAAGCAUGGUGAAAAUAGAGAAGCUGCAAAAGUACCAACAGGGGAUGGAAAAGAUAUCAAAAAGCAUGUGGAAGAUAAAGAAAAAAGACCAGAAAGAAAAAGUAGUGAGAGUAGACCCAGAAGUGAUGAAGCAUUUAGAAAGAAAAUCCUGUCUGAAACAGACGAAUUACAUGACAACGCUGACUCUGAAAGUAAAAAAGAGAACUUGGACAAAAGAGGGAGUCGUCUUAGUAGUAAAAGUGACCGUGGUAGUAGCGAGUCUGUACGGAGUAGAGAUAGCAUCGAGAAACGUAAAGAAGAUCGAAGACGGCCUGAGGAUAUUAAACGAAAACGCGAGGACUUUGAGCGAAAUGAACAACCGUUGAACGAACAAGGCAAUCGUGCUCCGAAUAGAGAUCGUUUGUUUUCCGGUCGAGGACGAGGCACCUUGGGAGGAAAAAGUCAUCUCCGUGGUCAUCCAAAAUCAUAUAGUCACGGAAGAAUCGACAGAACCACCACCCAACGUCGUACUCGCACACGAAAUGAUUCGAAAGAUUAUGCAGAUGAUGAAAUAAAAACAGUUGCUUCUGAGGAAAAGGGUCGAGUGAAUGAGAAAACGGAAGAAAGGCAUUGGGUUGGUGGCGAUCGGCGGGAGCCUGGCAAUGAUCGAAGUGUUCGACGACAAAAUGAUGGUAAUAGACGACAGCCCGAUAGUGACAGGCAACAACGAGAUGAUGAUAGACGACAACAGGAUGAUAGCCAACGGUCUAAUACAGAAAAACGUCACCGAGAUGGAGACAGACGGAAUGUUGAAAGAGAAAAACGCGAACCUGAUGACGACAAACAGCAGCAGACUGGUGACCGUCGUAGGAAAGAGAACCCAGAAUCUAGGUUUUACGACAGUGGUAGGCGAAACGAAAGAAAUACAAGGGAAAGAGAUACAAGAGAUGACAGGUCAUAUAAGGGUUCUGGAAGGUUGCCGUACAGACCUCAGACAUCAGGAGAGCCACUUGGUCGAGCUGAAAGAUUCCGGGAUAAAACUAAGAACAGGGGUGGUUUCGGGGUGCCUCCGCAGCCGAAGGAGCAACAGAAAAAGAAUGAAAAUGAAGAAAAAUCCAAAGAUGAAAGCAACAGUGCUAAGACAAAGCCUAUUUCAUCCACCACAGAGUCCAAAAAGUCCGAUGAAAACGAAACUGGUUCAUUCAAAGGAAAAACAAGUGAGAGUGUUUUUGUGCCACCUAGGACAGAGAAUUGGGAUGUCGCUGAUUCACAAGAUACUAUUGCUAAAGAAGUCAAAACUGAAGGCACUCUUGCUCCAAUACAGAAAACUGCUGCUGAAGUUAAGACCGAGAAACCCACUACUACAGAAGGUUUUAGUGGCGAUAAGAAACCUACCGAAAAAGAAGUGCUAGAAAAGCCUACUGAUGGCAAGAAACAGCAGAAUAACAAAGGGGACAAAGUUCCCACUACUGCUCCAACAAAAAAUGAUCAGUAUGAAUCGAAAACAGGAGAAAGGCGUGAACGAACGGUGCCUAACAAAGAAAGAGAGCAACAGAACUUCUCCAAGAGUGAUUCGGGUGACACGAAAGUUGAAAAGUAUGAGUCGAAAAAAGGAGAAAGGCGUGAACGAAUAGUGCCUAACAAAGAAAGAGAGCAACAGAACUUCUCCAAGAGUGAUUUGGGUGACACGAAAGUUGAAAAGAGACGUGAAACAGAAAUCUAUCGUGAUGGUCGUCACAGACAGGAUGAUAGACGACCCCGUCCGCGUGAUGAGACGCGUCGUGAACAACCAAAAAGAAAUGACGAACGCAAAGCUCCUGUCAAAUCAGGUGCCGAAAAUUGGGACAGUGAAAUAAACUCUAGAGCAGAAGAACGAAAGGAUGUGCAAAGAGAAAAUCGUGAUGCGACCCGGCAAUCUGAUAGGACACAGGAUCAUACUGAUCGGCGUAAUAAUUCAUAUUCCCGCGAUCGGAAAGACCAGCGCGACCAACGAGACCAAGACAAACCCGACCAACGUAAUAGAAAUGAACGUAAUCGAACGGAUCAACGUGAGCGAACAGAUCGUCGGGAUCGUACGGAUCAACGUGAGCGUAUGGAUCGUCGAGAUCGCACGGAGCAACGGGAGGGAAAUGAUCGUCGCGAGAAUACGGAUCGUCGUGAUCGCACAGAACAACGUGAGCGUGUAGAUCGGCGGUAUCGCACAGAACAAAGUGAUCGGCGAGAUCGCACAGAUCAACGAGAACGUAUAGAUCGUCGUGAUCGUACAGAACAAAGUGACCGAACAGAUCGGCGUGAUAAAAUCAAGCCAGUAAGUAAUGAAAAACUAGAGUCGAACGUUGAUAAGCCACGUAAACCUGGUGUCAAAGGAGAAGAACAAAAUAAAGAUAUUCAUCCGAAUGAAUCUAUUCCUCAAAAACAAGAUGCUAAUAGAGAGAGUGAAAGAACUGAGAAGCAAGAUGAGUAUCUUUCUUCCAUGAAAAAACAAUCUGAUAGAUUUACUGUAGGUACAUUAAGCCCUGGGGGAGAUCGCCGACGGUACAACGAAACUCGUCGCGGUGAUGCGUCUUCAAGACGUGGUAGUCAUGGUGGAACACGCGGGAUGCGUGGUCGUGGUCGUGGACGUGUGAUAAGUAGUGGAAAACCCAUAGGAAAAGGUAGUGCAGCAUCAAAGAAUGAUGAUGAAAAUGAUUCCGAAGAUUACCACAGUGCUCAUUCAUCUGUUGAUUCUGACGAGUCGGAUUCAGAAGAAGUGUUUGAUAAGCAAGAUGACGGACGAAGAGAUGACAAGAAGCCAACUCGAUCGUAUUAUUCGAGUAGUCGAUCAAGAGGGUCCUAUAGUUCUCGCGGAAGGGGAAGAGGGAGUUCACAGAUAACCCGUAGCCCACGGAAACAGCCAGAGAAACCGCCACGUUUUCAAAGACAAGAAGCAAGAAGUGCUAGCAGAGGUCGAGGAAAGAGUAACCGAGGAGGAUUUUCUUCCAAAGAUAACUGGGAUGAGAACAUUUCAAAGAAUAGAGAUAGCAGGAACUCCGAUGAAGGACCUUUGCCCAAAAAGCGUCCGCCGGAUACAUCGUAUUCAAACGAAAAGGACUCCGAUGGUAGUUAUAGAGGACGUAAGGCGGUUCGUGGUGGUCAUUCUGGCAAUAAGAAUUCUUUUUUAGCCAAAAAGCAGCAGGAAGUAGUUGAAGGUUCUUCGAGGAAAGGGGGUGGACGUUUUGGCGCUAAGUCGACCAUUCCUGCUGCUUUGACAACACACGGUCGUCGCGCAAAGAACGAACCUGCGCCAGCAGACGGUGAUGAUAACCUGGAACCUCCUAAGAAGAACCCAAGGCGUACUGAACCGCAAAAGGUGGGCAUCGAACAUAUCGAUAUGAGUAACAUUGCUGGCUUCAUUGAUAUUGAUGAUAUUGCACAGCCUGCUAGUGAAUUUGAACCUGCCUCACCCCAAAGUGAUUUUGUUGAAGUGAAAUCAAAGAGAACGCAAAAAGAACAGAGGGAAAGAGCCCGUGAAGAAGAAGAACGAAAGCGACGCGAAUUAGAAAAAAUGAUGCAGGAUGCAAUGCUAAAACCCAAAACAAAUAAAUCUUCCUUGCAAAACAAGCAGCACUCGACAUCCAAACCACCUAGAUUUGCAAGAAACACGGGAGUACCGUCGAAUGUGGUUUCAACUCUACCUGAAGGAAAUACACUACCAAGCAGUGUUACUCCUGUAGCUAUCCCCGAGAAUAAUACAAUUACUGCUUUGGCUUCAGCAAACGUGGAACAAAAACGUGUUUCUCCAUUGAUGUUAGAGAAACCAAGCUCUCCACCACCACCUCCAAUGUUUAAUGCUUGGACCAAGCCACUUUCUAUCACGCCUGCAAAACCUCCCAAUGAAGCAUCGGCAGAAUUACCAAGAAUUACCCAGCCAGAUCCAUUGGCAGUUGGAAGCGGGAAGCCCCAACGGGCUAGUGGGGCUCAGCCGAAAGCAGAAGAGCCGGGACUGCAAAUACAAGUAACUUUGCCGGCUACUUUUCAACUGGCUGGACAACGGGACAUUGGUUCUCAGAAUUCUGAAUCUCGAAUGUUCUCUAGAGUUGACGAAACAGAUGGGGGUGAACCUAAUGUUAACAGUUCACUGAAGAAAACAAGCGAUGAAAAUAUUGCAGAACAAACGGAGAGUAAAAAAACAGAUGGCACACAAUCAACAGGAUCCAAUACACAAAAAGAAGAAAGCAAGAUGAAUACACACAAUGUUAAAACAACUGAGUCCAGUGUUAGCGAUAAGAAUUCCGAAAACAACAAACGUCAACCCACUGGCAACAAUUGGAAGUCUUCACGUCCUCCAAGAUUUGAGAAGAGUGUUCCGGGAAAACGCAACACGGAUGGUAGGAGACUUAAGGCUGAUACCAAAGACAACGGCGAACCAAAGUCACAACCUGAUACGGAUAAACCUAAAGAGGUAAGAACCUUAGCAUUUAUUGGACUGUUUAGAUAUUAAUUCCACUUUUUAAUAAACAGUUGACAUUGCCCUUUUGGUC